AUGAACAAAUCUUUUUUGAUGAAAGCUGCAUGGAAAGUGAUUAAAGGUAAAGAUUGGGCGCAGAAGAUUCUGCGAAUUCGGUAUUUGGAUGGGUUCGGUAAUGCCAAACCUAAUAUCGCUGCUUUUUCGAUUUGGAUUGGGUUAAAGCAGGAAGUUCCUGAUCUGGUAAGGGACUCUUAUUUCUACAUUGGAACGGGGGAUCUGGCAUUUUCUGCUAGCUUUGUUGAACGUUAUCCUGAUAUUGUUCAUGACAUUCUCAUUCUUCCUAUUGGCUUGGACAAUGAUGUGCGCUUCUUGAAACAUUCGUUGAAAGGCGAAGUUUCCACGGCACUUGCUUUCCAUGAGCACUGUCAUAAUUUCCCGAAAGUCUCUUGGGGAAGCUGGAUUUGGGAGAGGUAUGUUCCGAUUAGACGGUCAAUUACCUGCUGGAGAAUUCUUCAUCAUCGGCUGCUUACGCUCGAUAAUCUCAUUCGCCGUGGUUUAAUCAUGCCUAGUUAUUGUUAUAUUUGCCGGCAGGAUUCAGAGUCUAUUGAUCAUAUUUUCUGGACUUGUGAUGGCGUGAGGGAGAUUUACACUACGUUUCUCAUUUGGCUUAAUGUGGAGUAUCUUCUUGAUUGUGUGGACAUUCAUUCCUUCUUUGUGUGUGCUUGGAAUAUGAACUUUAGCUCCCAGAUUACUAGUUACUGGAAGGCGGGGAUUAUGACGUUGGUUUGGAAAAUCUGCCAGGAUAGGAACAAGGUUGUGUUUGAAAAUGCUUCUUUUCAUGGUCUUAGUGUUUUGAAGUUUAUUAAAGUUUACUUCAAGGAGAUGGGGGAAAAUUUUACCAAACUGGGACAUGUUUCGAGUGCUUGGCAGGAUUAUGUUAUUACUCGUAACAUUGGGGUUCGGUCUCGGGCGGCUUCCCCUCCGGACAUGGUGAAUGUUUAUUGGUGGCCGCCUUCAGGAGAUUGGAUUAAGGUGAAUACUGACUGCUCUGCUCUAGGAGCUUCUGGCCCUAUUGCCGCUGGAGGUGUUUAUCGGGACAAUUGGAGUCAUGUUCGUGGAUGUUUUCAUGUUAAAGAUGGUCAAGGUUUUAUGUUUGAGGCGGAGCUCCUCGCCGUGAUAACGUCGGUUUCUAUAGCUCAUUCGCGCGGUUGGUUGAAACUUUGGGUUGAAGCCGACUCUUCCUAUGUUGUUAAACUUCUUGUCACUAAAUCAGAGGACGUCCCUUGGCGUUUCAUUGCGCUUUGGAAGCGCACUAUUUUGCUGCUUUCGGAGUUUCAAUUGUAG